UAUUUAUCUAGAGACAAUGUCAUUGUCAGUUUGUUUUGUCACAUAACCAGUAUAUUAUUAUUUUGAAAUUACUCAAUAGUCAAUAGCUACUUAUUAGUUAGUUAGUUACUAGUUUGGUAGUUAAUAGUUAUGGGUCGUGUCGUUCCUUCAUUAUAAUACGGUUUUGUAGCAAAAUUAUAAAAUUAUCGUUAUUAUUAUUAUUAGCGUGUAAUGGUAUUACAAAUUACAAUGAGAGUUAUUUCUAUCACCGUUUUGGUUUUGUGUUUAUCUAGUGAGUAUACCCUAAAAUGUUCUGAAGACGACUUUGUCGAUCAAUUGGAUAUGCUCAACUACGAUAGGUCGUCGAAAUCAAUGAAAAUUCCUACACCAAAAACAAUGGCUAAUGAACCCGUUCAAAAUGAACGUUGUACAGCCUUUCUUUCAAGAUUCAUCAACAUACUGUUAAUAAACACUGGACUAUCUAACAUUGAUCAAGUGUCAAACAAUGGCGAAAACAAAGAGCUGAAGUUAUACACAUCAGUGCGACCCUCAGUGUUCACUACCUAA